AGUUACUUUGUUUGCGGAGCGCACGGGAAGGCUCCCGGAGAAACCAGAGUAACAUCCACGGUGCGCUGAUUAACGGAGACUGUUCCCCCUUCGGCUUUGUCUUCGGUGCGAGGGUCGAACGAAGAUGCGCCUGAAGAACCUGUUUACGAGGAAAGAGCAAGUUUCUCCUAUCUAAGAGAAUGGAGACUAAACUGAAACUGCACAGGAGACCGCAUUCCUCCUUCCUCCACCUUUCUUCAAACCGGGACGCUUUUACUUUGGAUUAUUUUCCCUUUACGGAUCUUUUCUUGUCUUUGCUGGGAUGUAAGACAAGUGUCUGAUGUCUGCAGAACAAUUCCCGAGGAUUACAAAGACCCUCGGCAUGCUUCAGGAUUUUUUUUUGGGGGGGGGGGAUUGGAUUGUUUCUGAAUCUUGUGUCUUUUGUGAUGCUCAAGGAGCGCAAUACUCCGUUUAUUAAAUGGUAAUAACCCCCCUGCCAUGCACUAUAAAGCCUAUUUAAAGUUAUUGUGAAAGUUUUAGGUGAAAGAGACGUUUAAUGGUCUGACAAAGGACCAAUAUCUUCAAUGGGCUGAGCGUCUUUAUGAUUCUUGGAGGUGGUUGUUGUAUUUCAGAACCUUUAGAGUGUUUUGGGGGUAACAGGGUUUUCUGAGACCUAUGUCUUGUGUCGAUGAGGUAUCAGCUCAUUACGUUAACACAGAUCCGGUCUUGCUACUUCACACCAGAUCAGACGGUGGUGAUGUAAUUUGAGAGGAGUUUAAAUAUUACAUUGAGUCAUAUCAGAUGUUUCCGCUUCAAAAUGUUUCAGGACAGUACACCAGAAUAGCAUAGGCACAGUGUGCAUGUAGGAUCUGAUUGCUUUCGGGAAUUGGUGGAGAGUCAAGAUGUCAGUGAAAGCCAAAGCCAUCUACACUUUUCAAAGUGAAAACAAGGAAGAGAUCAGCAUCCAAGAGAAUGAGGAACUAGUGAUCUUUGACGAGAACUCAGUCGAUGGCUGGUUCCAGGGGGAGAACAGCCGGGGGGAGCGGGGGCUCUUCCCUGCCUCCUAUGUGGAGAUCAUCCGCCCUCGCUCCAACUCCAACCUGACUGACUGCUCUAUAAGCCCUGCUGGCUCUCUGGGAAACGACUCUUCCUAUUUCCCUUCCACGCCAAACACCUCCUUCCAUGUGCAGCAGGGUUACUAUGACGAUGACGAUGAUGACUGGGAUGACUGGGAUGACAGCUCCACAGUGGUGGAGGACGAUGACCUCAGAAGGGGAGGUGGUGCCAACGGUCGCCACCAGAGCCCUCAUUCCAACAACCCCAACGUGCACUACCGGGCCAAGCCGUACAUGGAGAGACAGGACAGCAUCUCCAGCUCACGGAAAGGCAGCAUGGUGGGCAGGAACUUGAAUCGGUUCUCCAGCUUCGUGCGCUCGGGGGUGGAGGCGUUUGUGUUGGGCGACGUGCCCAUGAUGGCCAAGAUAGCUGAGUCGUACACCAUCGAGAUGAGUCCCAAGGGGCCCCUGUGGAAGGAGAGCCCUCAGCCUUUUUCCUGUUCGAUUGAGGACCCAACAAAGCAGACCAAGUUCAAGGGCAUCAAGACAUACAUAUCGUACCAGGUCACGCCGAGCCACACAGGGCGACCUGUUUAUAGACGCUACAAACACUUCGACUGGCUGUACAACCGUCUGCUGCAUAAGUUCACUGUGAUCUCUGUGCCCCACCUGCCAGAGAAACAGGCUACAGGGCGCUUUGAGGAGGACUUCAUCGAGAAGCGAAAGCGUCGACUGAUCCUGUGGAUGAACCAUAUGACCAGUCAUCCAGUCCUUUCCCAGUAUGAGGGCUUCGAGCACUUCCUUAUGUGUGCCGAUGAAAGCAGUGGAAGCUGGGCAAGCGGUCGGGCGGAGAAGGACGAGAUGGUGGGCGCACACUUCAUGCUCACCUUCCAGAUCCCCAACGAGCACCAGGACCUUCAGGACGUCGAGGAGCGGGUCGACUCCUUCAAAUCCUUCGCCAAGAAAAUGGAUGACAGUGUGAUGCAGCUGACACAUGUGGCCUCGGAGCUUGUGCGGAAGCACCUGGGAGGGUUUCGGAAGGAGUUCCAGCGGCUGGGGAAUGCCUUCCAGUCCAUCAGCCAGGCCUUCAUGCUGGAUCCUCCCCACAGCUCAGAGGCCCUCAAUAACGCCAUCUCCCACACAGGCCGGACCUACGAGAACAUCGGAGAGAUGUUUGCAGAGCAGCCCAAGUACGACCUUUUCCACAUGCUGGACAAGCUGUCAUUGUACCAGGGUCUACUUGCCAACUUCCCAGACAUCAUUCAUCUGCAGAAGGGUGCCUUUGCCAAGGUGAAAGAGAGCCAGAGGAUGAGCGAUGAGGGGAAGAUGGACCAGGACGAAGCUGACGGCAUCAGGAAACGCUGCCGGACGGUGGGCUUCGCCCUGCAGGCAGAGAUGAGCCAUUUCCACGAGCGGCGGGAGGUGGACUUCAGAGACAUGAUGCAGGCCUACCUCACGGAGCAGAUCGCCUUCUACCAGCGCGUGGUCCAACAGCUGGAACGCACCCUGCGCAUGUAUGACAGCCUGUAAAGUCACAAACGUGGCCGCCCCAUUCGACAUGCCAAAAAGCAUAAAGGAGGAAGUCGGGAUGCCUUGUCUCUUCUACUGAGGAAGUUCCCCUUCGAAGGUGGCUCGGUUUCUACCUUCUGGGUCAAUCUGAGAGACCGAGGCUCAUAGAAAAGACGAAUAUAAUUUUCUAAAGAGACGCGUGAAGCCGGACUGUGCUCUUCGUGGAGUUGUCAUCUACUUUGAUGAAUUCAAGUUUUAAUAGUUUGUUUAUUUUUGAUUUUUUUUUAAAGGCCGACUGUGUGCUUCAUGUCUGAAACACACACCGGUUUUGAUAUAUCACAACAUGUUGUUUAUCUUGCAUAAACAAGAAAGAUUAUUUAAAGUGUUAGCAACAGAUUAUAGGAUAUAGGUUUCAAAGUAAUAGUGCUUUUAUAGUUCAUUAUUUUCUUUUAAAACCAUUAAAACGGGUUUGCAUCCUGAAAUCAUCCCUCACUUUCCAGCAUAAUGCACUUUGGUCUUACUGGGAUCUGGACUGAAGUUUCUACCAACAUGUUCAGUUCAUACACAAUAUAGAAAAUAAAGUCUGACAACAUUCCAACAUUCAUUCCCAACAUUUUUUAAUUGUAUAUUCAUGCAGCUUAAAACCGAAGAUUGAAACUGUCUGAGCUGAAAGUGAACUGAUCCUUUUCUGAUCCAAGUCUCCGCAUUCUAAAACCCUCACCUCAGCUCAUCCUCUCAACUCUCCACGUUCUCAGGUCUUCUCUGAAAGCUACAACCCUGAAGAUUUACUACAUACAAAGAAAUGCUCCUUUUGGUACCAUCUAACUGGUGGAUAAUCCACAACAUCUUCACAUCCUGCAGACUGUAGCGGUGUGUGAUAAGGAUGGCUGGUGUCUGGGAGGACUUUGCCAGGAAAAAUGAAAGGGGGCAUAGUGUUUUCAUCUUCGUCACAGCAGCCAGAUGAGGAAGAAGAAGGCAGAAUGAAGAUGAGAAUUCUUCAGGCGGAUGCCGAUCCUUUUCCCUGCCCUCCGCACGCGUCUGAAUUGAAGUGAAUGGAACAUGGAUGUGACGUGACUGCCUGUUUACUCUUAAACCAAAGAGGUCUGGAACUCCUCAUAAAGCUUCUGUUCUUCUCUCCUUUCUGGUUGUGCUGAACGGGGUUUGCUCUCAUUUCUGAAGUCAACUGGUCCGUUCUAAAGAACGUGUGAUGACAGAAUAUUGUCAGGCUAAAACCAUUCCAGUAAGAGACACCAAAGGCAAAUUUGGAGUAAAAUGCAUGUAUGCAGGUUGUCAACAGGGGCGUCAGCUUCCAAGCGAUGGCCUCACUGGAACAGCGUUGGAUGCCCCCGUGGUUGUGUGAACCUCAACUCUGCUGCUCCAACGCCAUGCGGCAAGGCCGAGCACGUUAUGCAGAUGACUGUUUCCUAACAUGAAUGUGUGAACCGACACUACAGAUUCAUCUUGUGAAAAAACAGCUGGAGUUUAAUGAACUGUGGGGAGCUGGAAGUCCUAAUAAAAAUGGUGA